AUGUCGAAGGUUCUUUACCUACUUUACGAGUCGCCCACCGGCUACAGCAUCUUCAAGGUUCUCACAACUGAGGAGAUUGGCGCCGAUAAUGUAUCCCUGCAGAAGGAUCUCCAAAAAUUUGCUACUUUUUCGCCAUGGGUAAAGUUGGUGUCCCUUGCACCGUUUGAGUCUCCGGAGAACGCUCUUGAAGACGCAGUCUGUAUCUCUGAGGGUCUGAUGAGUACCUUUCUAAACCGCUUCCUGACUACGGCGCUCGCCAAGAAGGCAGCAAAGGGGGAAGCAAAGUGGGAGCUUGGUGUGCAGGAUCCCAAGCUCGGCAGUGCGAUUCACGAGCAGCUGCAGUAUCCAGUUGUGUGCAAUGAGGCGGUGACGGAGCUGUGUCGCUGCAUUCGCCUGCAUGCCGAGAAACUCCUUCCGGAGCACGAAGAGGGCGACAUUCCCCGAGCACAGUGCGGUCUAGGUCAUGCCUUCUCUCGCAAUAAAGUCAAGUUCAAUGUGCACCGCAGCGACAAUAUGAUUAUUCAAGCCUCUGCACUGGCUGAACACAUGGACAAGGGUGUCAAUCUCCUCGGUAUGAGGGUGAAGGAGUGGUACGGCUGGCACUUCCCUGAACUGGCGAAGGAGGUACCAGAGCCCCUUAAAUAUUCCUCGAUCGCGUUGCUCAUUGGCAACCGCUCCUCCCUGGAGGAGCGCGGUGCCGAUAAGGUAAAGGCGGAGAUCGGUGCAAUCCUUGAGGGAGACGAGGCGCUGGCGGCGCGCGUGUAUGAAAAAGCGGUUACCUCCAUGGGUGGCGAUAUGGCUGAGGUGGACUGGGACUGUUUCCGAACUUUCACCAAGCGCGUCGUGUCGCUCGGCGAGUAUCGCGAAGGUCUUGCGCAGUACCUAGUAGACAAAAUGAUGCUUGUGGCACCGAACCUAACACAACUCAUCGGUCAAAACAUUGGCGCUAAACUUAUCUCGAAGGCUGGCUCUCUGACAAAUCUUGCUAAGUCGCCAGCUAGUACCAUUCAGAUCCUAGGUGCGGAGAAAGCAUUGUUCCGGGCGCUCAAGAAGCGCAAAGGUAACACCCCAAAGUAUGGUCUGAUAUUUCAUUCUUCGUUCAUUCAGCGUGCUACAAAGGAGAACCGGGGUAAGAUAUCGCGUUACCUCGCCAAUAAGGCUGCGCUUGCCUGCCGCAUUGACUGCUUUAUGGAGCAGCCACCUACUGUGUUUGGCGAAAAGCUCCGGGAGCAAGUUGAGGCGCGUUUGAACUUCUUCGACACGGGUAAUAAGCCUCCAAGCAAUAAGGCUUCUAUGGCAGAAGCCCUAGAGCAGUAUCAGCACAUCCUUCGGCUUCGGGAGCGCAAGCAGCAGAGACUGCUAGAAGAAAGCACAAGUGAUACCACGGCUAAGAAGAGAAGGAAGGAAAUAGAAUCCCAGGAGUCAAGCUAA